AUGAAGAGAAUGUUAGUAAGAGAUUUCAUAUAUGAUCGUCUCUAUCAUCCAGUGGAGGGAUAUUUUGUUAAGAAUAUUCAGCUUGGAGCACUCAAAAAACCAAUUGAAUUUAAAUAAUUGCUAGGCUAUGAGGAUUAUACAAAAAAAUUAGCAGAAAAUUAUCCUGAAAAUUAAUGGUUGACUCCAUCAGAGGUAUUCAGACCGUAUUAUGGGAUAACACUGGGGAAUUAUAUAAAUUAAUAAUUUCGAUUCACUCGAAAAGAGAAAUUGAGAAUAGUAGAAAUUGGUGCGGGAUAUGGUGCAGCAUGUGAAGGGGUUUUAUAUUAUAUGAGGAAUCACUAACCUCAAACAUUUUCAAAUAUGGAAUAUCACUUAGUUGAUAUCUCACCUGAAGCAUGUGCUUAAGCAUAAAUAAGGCUGUCUCAAGAUUUCAAACAAUAAAUCAAAAAAGGAAAUUUAAGAAUAUUUAAUUAGGACUUUUUGAAUUACAAAUAGCAUACUUAAAAUAAUGAGAUGUGGUUUUUUGUAUUUCUUGAGGUUUUUGAUAAUCUUGCCCAUGACAAAGUAAUUGAUGGGAAAUAAGUUUAUGUUGAAAACAUGCAAGAAUUUGCUGAGACAAUCAGUGAUCCAUUAAUCAAAGAGGUUUAUGCUAUGUAUCAGUAAUUUAAAUAACAAAACAAAGAUUAAGAUGAGAAUCUUGAGGAUCGAUUCUUAUUUAAUACGUUAAGAAAAGUGAUUAGUAAAUAUUAUGGAAAUUAGAAAUCUAACAGCAUAUUUUUACCAACUGGAGCAUUAUAAGUAUUGAAACACAUCAAAUCUAAUUUUCAAAACCCUUCUUUAGUGAUUGCAGACUUUGAUUUGCUCAAAAAUAACUUCACCCAAGAAUCUAUUAAUGCUCCGAUUGUGUCUAAGAAAUUGGCGAAACCUCAUGAGAGAUUAGAUUAUGAGUCAUAUUUAGUAGAAAGAGGAGUUGCAGAUAUCUUCUUUCCCACCGAUUUUAAUUUUGUCUAACAUAUGGUUAAACAAAUUUUAGGGAUGGAUUCUCAAAUCUUCAAGGCGUACUAAUUUGCUGAAUAGUUUUCUUAGAGUUCUUGGACGACAACUAAAUCUGGGUAUAAUCCUUUGAAAGAGGACUUUGGUAAUACAAGCUUCUUAGUCACUGAUCAUAGUUGA